AGCAGAUCUCUACAGAAGCUCCUCAGCCUCCACACUGACGCUGAAGAUGGCCCCCUCUGCCAGCCUGCUGCUCCUGCUCCUGCUCGGCCUCUCUCAGGCUCUUCCUCUCCUGGAGAACAAAGACCGUGAUGGAGAAAAUCAUGGGGAUGAAGGUAAAGAUGCGGACCAUGAUGUAUACGAUGAUGAAGAAAAACAACAAGACCAUGAUGGAGACAAUAAUGGGGAUGAAGAUAAAGAUGGGAACCAUGAUGUAUACGAUAAUGAAGAAGAAAAAGAAGACCAUGUGGACAUCUCUACCAGGAUUCUGGUCGCUAAUAACAAUUCAGACGUAAUGUUUGUGGAAGGAGACAUGGUGGCUCCCACAUCCAGAAAUGCCAUGAAGUGCUACUACAACAGCUGCCUGUGGAGAAAAUCCCUCAACGGCUUAGUGAUGAUCCCCUACGUCAUAGGCAAUGAGUUUGGUGGUUACGAGAGGCAGGUAAUCCAGGGUGCCAUGGGGGCCUUCGCUAGCCAGACCUGCAUCCGCUUCAUCCCUCGCACUAAUGAGAACGACUUCGUCAUGAUUGUGAGCAAAACUGGGUGUUACUCUGCACUGGGCAGAACAGGAGGAAUGCAGGAGCUGUCGCUCAACAAGGCGGGAUGCAUCUACGGUGGAAUCGCCCAGCAUGAGCUGAACCACGUUCUGGGCUUCCAGCACGAGCAGACCAGGAGCGACCGUGACUAUUACGUCAGGAUCAACUAUGAGAACAUCAUCCCUUCAACCGCCUAUAACUUUGAGAAGCAUGACACCAACAACCUGAACACUCCCUACGACUAUAGCUCCGUCAUGCACUAUGGAAGAGAUGCCUUCUCCAUCGGCCCCGGAAGGUACACCAUCACCCCCAUCCCCAACCCCAACACUCCAAUUGGCCAGAGGAAUGGACUGUCCAGCUGGGACAUCACAAGGAUCAAGAUGCUCUACAGCUGCCAACAACGCUGAUGCUAAAUAAAAAUGUUGUGAUUUACAUGCUGAGGUGGAAAAAUAUAUCACCUCUCAUGCCUGAAAUAUAUUCAAUAAAGAUGCUGCAAAAUGA